AUGUCUCCCAACUGGUUCUGGAGCUCGAGCUCCUCUCGUAGCCCUCCAACACCGCAUGCCUUCAUUGGUGAAACAAACGGCCAACGGAGUCUCCGUCCGGUCUUCAUCUUCGCUCGGAGACUCUCUGGCUCCGGAGGCUCCAUCAUGAGUAAAUUGUUUAACCGAACACCUAUUCCCAAAUGGUUUGAGGAGAUGACCCAAAUUCCGUCCGCCUUCUGGUCUGGUCACUGGGGCGUUGUCGUCGGACCUUAUCUCUAUGAGAUGAAACCCAUCAAGUCGAAUCGAGGAGACGUUCUGCAAUUCUUUCGGGGUUCGUUUGAACAAGAUACCCUGUGGUUUCCGGAUAUUGGUUACACAGGAGUGUUCUACACCGAUCUCACAGACGAAGAGAUCAAUACCAAUGCUCUUUAUGCGCAUGACGAUAUGAGAGCUGAGUCGGUCAGGUACGACUUGACGCGCCAUAACUGUCAGCAUUUCGUGCUGGCGCUAUUAGACCGGCUCCAACGACACUCGCAAAUGCAAAAGGCAGCGAUAGCGCAAUUUGCCGCCCAGAUGCAGCCACUUCCUCCAUUUCAACAGCCCAUGGCUACCCUUCAGCAGCCUAUUGUGCUCUAG